GUGUCUUUUCUCAUUCGCUCCUCGCGCUAUACACUCUUUUUUCUGGGCUGGCCCCUUGCAUUCACUUGAGCCUUCUCUUUCUUCGCUUCCUCUUUUUCAACAUGAGGCUCUCCCUUCUUGUCACCGCGGCAAUCGCACCCCUAGUGUCAGCCCACUACUUCUUCGACACCCUCGUCAUCGACGGCGUUGAAACCACCCCCAAUCAGUACGUCCGCUCCAACACGCGACCCGCAAAGUACAACCCCACCAAAUGGAAGAACACCCGCGACGACAUGACCCCCGACAUGCCCGACUUUCGCUGCAACAAGGGCUCCUUUACCUUCGCGGCACAGACCGAGACCGCUGAGGUGCAAGCUGGAUCUAAGCUCGCCAUGAAGCUCGGUGUUGGCGCGACGAUGCAGCACCCGGGCCCGGGGCUCGUGUACAUGUCCAGGGUUCCCGAGGGCGGUGCUGCGAAUCAGUAUGAGGGGGAUGGCGACUGGUUCAAGAUUCACGAGGAGGGUAUUUGUGAUACGGGCAAGGAUAUCAAGACUGAUGCUUGGUGUACCUGGGAUAAAGACCGGAUUGAGUUUACGGUCCCUGCGGGUCUUCCUGAUGGGGAGUACCUGAUUCGCCCUGAGCAUAUCGGCGUCCACGGCGCACACGACGGACAAGCUGAAUUCUACUACGGCUGCGCCCAGGUCAAGGUCACAGGCGGCGGCGCCGGCUCCCUGGAUGCUUCUACGAUCCAAUUCCCCGGCGGCUACAAGCAGGAUGACCCGUCGUUCAACUUCAGCGUCUGGGGCGGCAUGAAGGAAUACCCCAUGCCUGGUCCGCCCGUUUACACUGGUGGCUCUAGCUCUGGCUCUGCUUCUGCUUCUGCUUCUGCUUCUGCUUCUGCUUCUGCUUCCAAUGAGAGUACUGCGAGCUCCACCGAGUCCGGUGGCGCGACACAGCAGACCGGGGGUCGGGCUUGUAGCCGGCGCCGGCGCCGCCAUGCGCGUCACCUUAGCCAGUAG